AUGUCGAAUCCAGUGGCUCAAGUUGUCAUGCGUUGCAACGUUGAUGUGAAGUACAUUGGUCGUGCAUUUGCUGAAGAAGAUUUGAACAAGUUUUGCGAUGGGAGCAUGUCAUCGGACUUUGAUGAGUCACACACUGAUGGGGUGCAUGCACAGGGUCACUUGCGUCCUGUUGUGCCACAGCCUGUAGCCGGGUCGUCGCAACCGGAACUGUCCGAGCGCGAUCUGUGCGACAUGGAUGUGGCGCAACAGGACACGGGUGGGCCUGCCUCGCAAGACUCAGGAUGCAAGAGAAAGAAGACAACUGUGGUGCGCGAACAAGGUCACUUGCGUCCUGUUGUGCCACAACCUGUAGCCGGAUCGUCGCAUCCGGAACUGUCCGAGCGCGAUCUGUGCGACAUGGAUGUGGCGCAACAGGACACGGGUGGGCUUGCCUCGCAAGACUCAGGAUUCAAAAGAAAGAAGACAACUGUGUUAAGUCAAAGUGUUCCAGAGUCCAGGAGGAUGCAGACUAUGAAAAUGGCUUUGGAACGGGUGCUUGUCGAUAUGUCACGGGAUAUGCAAGAUGUCGGCUUUUACACUGGUGAAUAUGCUGCCAAAAAAUUUGAGAUUUCUCGGAGCAUGUUGCCGGAGCUGUAUGCAGGAGUACAGAGAUUGGAAGAGGAAGAAGCAAAGCGACAGCAGGCCGCCGUGGAAGAUGCCAGCAUGGAGAACGUGGAUGCAAAGAAGACGCCUGGCAUGAGUGGGCCACAAAGUCGUGCGCUGAGUAUCUUGCGUCGUCUGGCCUUCGGAAUGAAUCGCUGCAUCGCCAAGUCGAACGGGGAGAUGGCGUAUCAGCUGCUCUUUGAACAAGAACAGUACGUCACAUAUCGUGGCUACAACAUGUUUUUUCGGUAUCUGCCAUUUGCAAUCAUGCGGUGCAGGGCAGAUGCAAUUGCAGCGGCACUGGCCGACGCACCUCAUCUCACUGCAGGUCCAGUUGAUGUUGUCGAAGAUGUGGAGGACGUGCCAGUCGCUGUGGAUGAGAUUGCAGAAGUGAUUGAAGAUGAGGGCGAGGGGACCCGAGUGACGCAAGUUCCAGUGCACUUCAAUCAGAAAGAUGAUUAUCUGCAUCGUGGCUCUUCUACAUUGCUGAAAUGCAUGAAGUCAGAGCUGCUGAUGACAAUGUGGUUGUGCCGUCUGAUUUACAUUUGCCACAGGAAGCGGAGCCUCAAAAAUAUGCUGCACAUGCUCGGGCUGUGUUUCCCCUUUCCAACGUGCACUGGUGAUUGCAGCGAUUCCUACAAAUGCUUUGCGUGUCACAUUUUGGAGAAGAAUGAGAAGGAAGGGAUGAUUUUUGCUAGAUUUGUGCCGCAGUGGCGACAUUGGAAAGCGUGCAUGCUGGUUCGUAGAGAGACUGCACAGGAGCGCGUGUUGGCAGGAUUGUCUUCGCCUGUGAUUCGAGAUGUCAGCACUGUCCGCAAAUGUUUCCCGCGUUCUUCAGCAAGCGGUGAUGGGGAGACUGUGGCAACUUUGAUGCGUGUCCUGCAUCGCAAACUGCGGCCCCGGGACUGCCGAUUUCAUGACGUUCCUCGGAUUUUGGAGCGCAUUGCUUGGUAUCUUGAUGUCAGGCCUCCAUAUCACUACACUCAGUUGUCGCCGUUGGAAUAUCUUUCUAUCAUCCAGACAGCCUGGAUGGAGCGCUUUGAACAACAUCACGCUGCACGCAGGCUCAGCAGCAGUCGUCGACGGGCAGAGCGGUUCGCUCUGAUGACAAAGCUGGAAGACGACGACAUUGAGGAUGAUUGUGCGCCACCUGACAUCGAAGGAGAUGAAGUUGAAGAUGACCUGCGGCGUCAAGAUGAGUUGGAGCGGCUUGAACGGGCGCAGUACAUUGUGGAUCAUGAGGCUUUACAUGAAGCCAUGUUUCGAGAGCAGGAUUGGAUGCGUGUUUUGAGCAAUCCACGCGCAACUGUUUUGAAAGACACCUUGCGACAUCUUCGUGACUUUGUCAAUGCACUUGGAGGAAUUCCAGAUGUGAGGAGAGGCAUGGGCAUUCGAAGCAGCAGUGUGGCUGGUGUCGAGCGCAGCUGGACUGCGGCAGAUGCUGAGAGAGGCAUGGCUUUGCAGAAGCAGUACUUGGAGUUUUGUGCUGGAGGUUUGGAGGAGGAAGAUGAGCAGAUGCCAGACCAGCAUUUUGAACCUUUGGAAGAAGCCAUCGAUCCAUUUUUGGCUGCACUCAACGCUCAAUGCAUUGGACCAGGAGACUAUGCUGCGGAGCUUGUCGUCAAUUCCACCCUCAAUCGACAACAGAUUUUGGCAGUGGCUCCGAUUGCUUGGGUCAUGGAGCAGAUGUGGUUGAAUCGCUCCAAUCCACAGUCAACUUUGGCAGAUGGCGCAGCCACUGAAAGCUGCAAUUGCCUUUGGUUGGGCGCUGGUGGCUCUGGCAAGACAUACGCCUACUCCAAAGUCUUGCGGCCAAUGUUCCGUCGUUAUUUCGGUGAUGGUGGUUACAUUGUUGGGGCGCCAACACAUGCAGCUGUUCGUCUCUUGGGCCCAGAAGCAAAGACAUUGCACAAGUGGGCGAACGUGAGCCCGAACAGUGGCCUGGACCGACGUUCCCUCCGGUCGGCUAAGAGUAAAGGCAGUCCGAUUGAGAAGAAGAUCAUGGAAGUUAUGGCCGUAUUGCUCGAUGAACUGUCCAUGAAUCCUCCUGACGUUUACCAUGAAGAGUUCGCAAGCCGGGUUUGUGCAAAGAUCGAAGUGCAAGAAUCUGUUACACGGUUGCGCUGUGUCGUGCAAAGUGGUGGCACAAAGGGACUUUGGACGCAGCUCAAGGCGCUGAAGGUUGAAGAUCUUCGUGUCAUUGCACAAGAGAUUGGCUUGCCGUCAAGUGGAGUCAGGGACGCAGUGAUGAAAAGGCUUUUCCAAGACAUAUCUGCACAGGAAUCUAGCACCACUGGUGGACCAUUGCCGUCCAGUUCGUCUCGCCGCCCGGAAUUGCCCGAGGAGCGUGGAGAUGUGGGCGGCGGUAUUUCGGCAGAGGUGGACGAGCUUCGUAUGGACGCCAGCAGCAAAGGACACACGUGGCUGCAAGAGAAGAUGGCGAGCAUGACGCGGGAUGACCUGCGGAAGGUUGCAGCAGCUUCUGAUGUGUCUACACGUAGACAAGAUGGUUCAAUGGUGGCACUGGCUGAGCUGCGCAAUGCCCUCGUGGAGCAUUUUGCACCGCAGGAGCGUGGAGAUGUGGGCGGCAGUAUUUCGGCACAGGUGGAAGAGCUUCGUAUGGACGCCAGCAGCAAAGGACGCACGUGGCUGCAAGAGAAGAUGUCGAGCAUGAAACAGGUUGACUUGCGGAAGGUUGCAGCAGCUUCUGGUGUUUCUACGCGUGGAGAAGAUGGUUCAAUGGUGGGAGUGGCUGAGCUGCGCAAUGCUCUCGUGGAGCAUUUUGCACCGCAGGAGCGUGGAGAUGUGGGCGGCAGUAUUUCGGCACAGGUGGAAGAGCUUCGUAUGGACGCCAGCAGCAAAGGACGCACGUGGCUGCAAGAGAAGAUGGCGAGCAUGACGCGGGAUGUCCUGCGGAAGGUUGCAGCAGCUUCUGGUUUUUCUACGCGUGGAGAAGAUGGUUCAAUGGUGGCACCGGCUGAGCUGCGCAAUGCCCUCGUGGAGCAUUUUGCCCCGCAGGAGCGUGGAGAUGUGGGCGGCAGUAUUUCGGCAGAGGUGGAAGAGCUUCGUAUGGACGCCAGCAGCAAAGGACGCACGUGGCUGCAAGAGAAGAUGGCGAGCAUGACGCGGGAUGACCUGCGGAAGGUUGCAGCAGCUUCUGAUGUGUCUACACGUAGACAAGAUGGUUCAAUGGUGGCACUGGCUGAGCUGCGCAAUGCCCUCGUGGAGCAUUUUGCACCGCAGGAGCAUGGAGAUGUGGGCGGCAGUAUUUCGGCACAGGUGGAAGAGCUUCGUAUGGACGCCAGCAGCAAAGGACGCACGUGGCUGCAAGAGAAGAUGGCGAGCAUGACGCGGGAUGUCCUGCGGAAGGUUGCAGCAGCUUCUGGUUUUUCUACGCGUGGAGAAGAUGGUUCAAUGGUGGCACCGGCUGAGCUGUGCAAUGCCCUCGUGGAGCAUUUUGCCCCGCAGGAGCGUGGAGAUGUGGGCGGCAGUAUUUCGGCAGAGGUGGAAGAGCUUCGUAUGGACGCCAGCAGCAAAGGACGCACGUGGCUGCAAGAGAAGAUGGCGAGCAUGACGCGGGAUGACCUGCGGAAGGUUGCAGCAGCUUCUGAUGUGUCUACACGUAGACAAGAUGGUUCAAUGGUGGCACUGGCUGAGCUGCGCAAUGCCCUCGUGGAGCAUUUUGCACCGCAGGAGCAUGGAGAUGUGGGCGGCAGUAUUUCGGCACAGGUGGAAGAGCUUCGUAUGGACGCCAGCAGCAAAGGACGCACGUGGCUGCAAGAGAAGAUGGCGAGCAUGACGCGGGAUGUCCUGCGGAAGGUUGCAGCAGCUUCUGGUUUUUCUACGCGUGGAGAAGAUGGUUCAAUGGUGGCACCGGCUGAGCUGUGCAAUGCCCUCGUGGAGCAUUUUGCCCCGCAGGAGCGUGGAGAUGUGGGCGGCAGUAUUUCGGCAGAGGUGGAAGAGCUUCGUAUGGACGCCAGCAGCAAAGGACGCACGUGGCUGCAAGAGAAGAUGGCGAGCAUGACGCGGGAUGACCUGCGGAAGGUUGCAGCAGCUUCUGAUGUGUCUACACGUAGACAAGAUGGUUCAAUGGUGGCACUGGCUGAGCUGCGCAAUGCCCUCGUGGAGCAUUUUGCACCGCAGGAGCGUGGAGAAGUGGGCGGCAGUAUUUCGGCACAGGUGGAAGAGCUUCGUAUGGACGCCAGCAGCAAAGGACGCACGUGGCUGCAAGAGAAGAUUGCGAGCAUGACACAGGGUGUCUUGCAGAAGGUUGCAGCAGCUUCUGAUGUGUCGGCACGUAGACAAGAUGGUUCAAAGUUGGCACUAUCUGAGCUGCGCAAUGCCCUCGUGGAGCAUUUUGCAGCGCAGGAGCGUGGAGAUGUGGGCGGCAGUAUUUCGGCACAGGUGGAAGAGCUUCGUAUGGACGCCAGCAGCAAAGGACGCACGUGGCUGCAAGAGAAGAUGGCGAGCAUGAAACAGGUUGACUUGCGGAAGGUUGCAGCAGCUUCUGGUGUUUCUACGCGUGGAGAAGAUGGUUCAAUGGUGGGAGUGGCUGAGCUGCGCAAUGCUCUCGUGGAGCAUUUUGCACCGCAGGAGCGUGGAGAUGUGGGCGGCAGUAUUUCGGCACAGGUGGAAGAGCUUCGUAUGGACGCCAGCAGCAAAGGACGCACGUGGCUGCAAGAGAAGAUGGCGAGCAUGACGCGGGAUGUCCUGCGGAAGGUUGCAGCAGCUUCUGGUUUUUCUACGCGUGGAGAAGAUGGUUCAAUGGUGGCACCGGCUGAGCUGCGCAAUGCCCUCGUGGAGCAUUUUGCCCCGCAGGAGCGUGGAGAUGUGGGCGGCAGUAUUUCGGCAGAGGUGGAAGAGCUUCGUAUGGACGCCAGCAGCAAAGGACGCGCGUGGCUGCAAGAGAAGAUGGCGAGCAUGACGCGGGAUGACCUGCGGAAGGUUGCAGCAGCUUCUGAUGUGUCUACACGUAGACAAGAUGGUUCAAUGGUGGCACUGGCUGAGCUGCGCAAUGCCCUCGUGGAGCAUUUUGCACCGCAGGAGCAUGGCGAUGUGGGCGGCAGUAUUUCGGCACAGGUGGAAGAGCUUCGUAUGGACGCCAGCAGCAAAGGACGCACGUGGCUGCAAGAGAAGAUGGCGAGCAUGACGCGGGAUGUCCUGCGGAAGGUUGCAGCAGCUUCUGGUUUUUCUACGCGUGGAGAAGAUGGUUCAAUGGUGGCACCGGCUGAGCUGUGCAAUGCCCUCGUGGAGCAUUUUGCCCCGCAGGAGCGUGGAGAUGUGGGCGGCAGUAUUUCGGCAGAGGUGGAAGAGCUUCGUAUGGACGCCAGCAGCAAAGGACGCACGUGGCUGCAAGAGAAGAUGGCGAGCAUGACGCGGGAUGACCUGCGGAAGGUUGCAGCAGCUUCUGAUGUGUCUACACGUAGACAAGAUGGUUCAAUGGUGGCACUGGCUGAGCUGCGCAAUGCCCUCGUGGAGCAUUUUGCACCGCAGGAGCAUGGAGAUGUGGGCGGCAGUAUUUCGGCACAGGUGGAAGAGCUUCGUAUGGACGCCAGCAGCAAAGGACGCACGUGGCUGCAAGAGAAGAUGGCGAGCAUGACGCGGGAUGUCCUGCGGAAGGUUGCAGCAGCUUCUGGUUUUUCUACGCGUGGAGAAGAUGGUUCAAUGGUGGCACCGGCUGAGCUGUGCAAUGCCCUCGUGGAGCAUUUUGCCCCGCAGGAGCGUGGAGAUGUGGGCGGCAGUAUUUCGGCAGAGGUGGAAGAGCUUCGUAUGGACGCCAGCAGCAAAGGACGCACGUGGCUGCAAGAGAAGAUGGCGAGCAUGACGCGGGAUGACCUGCGGAAGGUUGCAGCAGCUUCUGAUGUGUCUACACGUAGACAAGAUGGUUCAAUGGUGGCACUGGCUGAGCUGCGCAAUGCCCUCGUGGAGCAUUUUGCACCGCAGGAGCGUGGAGAUGUGGGCGGCAGUAUUUCGGCACAGGUGGAAGAGCUUCGUAUGGACGCCAGCAGCAAAGGACGCACGUGGCUGCAAGAGAAGAUUGCGAGCAUGACACAGGGUGUCUUGCAGAAGGUUGCAGCAGCUUCUGAUGUGUCGGCACGUAGACAAGAUGGUUCAAAGUUGGCACUAUCUGAGCUGCGCAAUGCCCUCGUGGAGCAUUUUGCAGCGCAGGAUGAUGAUGUGCAUGCAUUGAAAGCUAGACUAGAGCAGCUUCGUAUGGAUGGCCGUCGGGAAGGCGUGAAGUGGCUUCGAAAGGUUGUUGGUGAGAUGGAAGAGCAUGCGCUGCGGUCCCUGAGCGCAGCGGCUGGCUUGGGGCUUGUCGAUGGCAGCGGAAAGUCGCUUUCUGGCGCCAAAGUUCGGGCAUCGUUGGUGAAGUAUCUGGCUCCUGAGGAGAGUGGUGGCCGGACAUUGACAGGCUGUUAUGUGUCUUUGAGGCCAAGUUAUCAGCGCCGGGAGGAGCAAGCUUUGGGUGAUGGAGAAGUUUGGAAAGCUGUGAAAGGCAAGCGUGGAUGUCGCUUUGGUUGUUUUCACAUUGAAUUGAUCAAGGACGCUGAAGGCAAGCAGAAAACAAUUUGUAAAAAAGGAUGGCCACGCGUGCAGAAGGCGUGUUUUUCAAGGCUACAGUAUGAAACUGAAGACUUGGCACGACAAGAGGAAUUCAAGAAUGAGAACCCGCAUGUUUUUCAGGCUCAGCGGGAUCAUCCUUUUGAAGGCAUGUCGAAUCCAGUGGCUCAAGUUGUCAUGCGUUGCAACGUUGAUGUGAAGUACAUUGGUCGUGCAUUUGCUGAAAAAGAUUUGAACAAGUUUUGCGAUGGGAGCAUGUCAUCGGACUUUGAUGAGUCACACACUGAUGGGGUGCAUGCACAGGGUCACUUGCGUCCUGUUGUGCCACAGCCUGUAGCCGGGUCGUCGCAACCGGAACUGUCCGAGCGCGAUCUGUGCGACAUGGAUGUGGCGCAACAGGACACGGGUGGGCCUGCCUCGCAAGACUCAGGAUGCAAGAGAAAGAAGACAACUAUGGUGCGCGAACAAGGUCACUUGCGUCCUGUUGUGCCACAGCCUGUAGCCGGAUCGUCGCAUCCGGAACUGUCCGAGCGCGAUCUGUGCGACAUGGAUGUGGCGCAACAGGACACGGGUGGGCUUGCCUCGCAAGACUCAGGAUUCAAAAGAAAGAAGACAACUGUGUUAAGUCAAAGUGUUCCAGAGUCCAGGAGGAUGCAGACUAUGAAAAUGGCUUUGGAACGGGUGCUUAUCGAUAUGUCACGGGAUAUGCAAGAUGUCGGCUUUUACACUGGUGAAUAUGCUGCCAAAAAAUUUGAGAUUUCUCGGAGCAUGUUGCCGGAGCUGUAUGCAGGAGUACAGAGAUUGGAAGAGGAAGAAGCAAAGCGACAGCAGGCCGCCGUGGAAGAUGCCAGCAUGGAGAACGUGGAUGCAAAGAAGACGCCUGGCAUGAGUGGGCCACAAAGUCGUGCGCUGAGUAUCUUGCGUCGUCUGGCCUUCGGAAUGAAUCGCUGCAUCGCCAAGUCGAACGGGGAGAUGGCGUAUCAGCUGCUCUUUGAACAAGAACAGUACGUCACAUAUCGUGGCUACAACAUGUUUUUUCGGUAUCUGCCAUUUGCAAUCAUGCGGUGCAGGGCAGAUGCAAUUGCAGCGGCACUGGCCGACGCACCUCAUCUCACUGCAGGUCCAGUUGAUGUUGUCGAAGAUGUGGAGGACGUGCCAGUCGCUGGGGAUGAGAUUGCAGAAGUGAUUGAAGAUGAGGGCGAGGGGACCCGAGUGACGCAAGUUCCAGUGCACUUCAAUCAGAAAGAUGAUUAUCUGCAUCGUGGCUCUUCUACAUUGCUGAAAUGCAUGAAGUCAGAGCUGCUGAUGACAAUGUGGUUGUGCCGUCUGAUUUACAUUUGCCACAGGAAGCGGAGCCUCAAAAAUAUGCUGCACAUGCUCGGGCUGUGUUUCCCCUUUCCAACGUGCACUGGUGAUUGCAGCGAUUCCUACAAAUGCUUUGCGUGUCACAUUUUGGAGAAGAAUGAGAAGGAAGGGAUGAUUUUUGCUAGAUUUGUGCCGCAGUGGCGACAUUGGAAAGCGUGCAUGCUGGUUCGUAGAGAGACUGCACAGGAGCGCGUGUUGGCAGGAUUGUCUUCGCCUGUGAUUCGAGAUGUCAGCACUGUCCGCAAAUGUUUCCCGCGUUCUUCAGCAAGCGGUGAUGGGGAGACUGUGGCAACUUUGAUGCGUGUCCUGCAUCGCAAACUGCGGCCCCGGGACUGCCGAUUUCAUGACGUUCCUCGGAUUUUGGAGCGCAUUGCUUGGUAUCUUGAUGUCAGGCCUCCAUAUCACUACACUCAGUUGUCGCCGUUGGAAUAUCUUUCUAUCAUCCAGACAGCCUGGAUGGAGCGCUUUGAACAACAUCACGCUGCACGCAGGCUCAGCAGCAGUCGUCGACGGGCAGAGCGGUUCGCUCUGAUGACAAAGCUGGAAGACGACGACAUUGAGGAUGAUUGUGCGCCACCUGACAUCGAAGGAGAUGAAGUUGAAGAUGACCUGCGGCGUCAAGAUGAGUUGGAGCGGCUUGAACGGGCGCAGUACAUUGUGGAUCAUGAGGCUUUACAUGAAGCCAUGUUUCGAGAGCAGGAUUGGAUGCGUGUUUUGAGCAAUCCACGCGCAACUGUUUUGAAAGACACCUUGCGACAUCUUCGUGACUUUGUCAAUGCACUUGGAGGAAUUCCAGAUGUGAGGAGAGGCAUGGGCAUUCGAAGCAGCAGUGUGGCUGGUGUCGAGCGCAGCUGGACUGCGGCAGAUGCUGAGAGAGGCAUGGCUUUGCAGAAGCAGUACUUGGAGUUUUGUGCUGGAGGUUUGGAGGAGGAAGAUGAGCAGAUGCCAGACCAGCAUUUUGAACCUUUGGAAGAAGCCAUCGAUCCAUUUUUGGCUGCACUCAACGCUCAAUGCAUUGGACCAGGAGACUAUGCUGCGGAGCUUGUCGUCAAUUCCACCCUCAAUCGACAACAGAUUUUGGCAGUGGCUCCGAUUGCUUGGGUCAUGGAGCAGAUGUGGUUGAAUCGCUCCAAUCCACAGUCAACUUUGGCAGAUGGCGCAGCCUACUCCAAAGUCUUGGAGCGCAUGAUGUUGGAUAUGGGUCGCUAUCUCGAGCAGUGGUAUGGUAAAGCUCCAAUUGGUGUCCAGCUUGGCGACUUUCUGCAACUCCGGCCGACAGCACAGCGCUCGCUGUGCGAGUGGCAUGAUGCUCCGCGCGCCACCGAUGCGCGUGGAGAUGGCGCUUCAAGUGAGGAAGAGGAGUUGCCAGAGAAUGAAGCUGCACAGCACACUAGCAAUGCUGCUGAGUUGGGCCGCCUGAUGUUCAAAAACUCUUUGCAGCGGGUUGUUCACUUCACUGGAUCUGGGAGAUUUUCGGACUGUCCAUCUGGGCAGCAGCUGGUGGCGAUCCUAAAGUCCAUGCGGGAAGGCAAGGAGAUGUCGGACGAUCUGUGGGCGGCCCUUGAGGCCAGGGCCUAUGGCAAGAAGGAGUUGCAGGCGGAUGAGUUGCGGCAGCGUUUGCUCGAUGCUCACUGGGGAGGUCUUGCUUGGGAACAAGUAGCUCGUCUUCAACAUCUUCGCGUCGGCUUGGAAGGCAAAGAAUUGAAGAAAACUGUGUAUUUCGUUCAGGCCAUUGAUCGAGCUACGGGCCCAAAUGAGCUCACCCGGGAACAGAGCAUGGCAGCACUACAGAUCGUGAACAUGACCAAAACUCAUUAUCUGAUUGGUAUUUGUCCUCUGUAUGAAGGUAUGCCUUGUCGCAUCAGUUGUAUUUUGGAUGCUCCGCUGCUGAACCGAGAGUUGCCGGUUAUUGUUCGAUCCAUCAAGUUGCACCCAAGCGAGCCCGCAAUCGCCGACAACUGUGGCUGUGUUGUAUUGAGAUACCAGCCCGUUGCUGUGUUGGUGGAGAUAGACGAUCCCAAUUACAAGAAUAUUCAGGUGUCUGGUGACGUUGCCCCCAAGGGCCAUGUCUUGCUGCGAGCAGUUGCGUCGGACAAAGCCUGGAGCUUGCAAGUCGGACCGAAGCAGUCGGUGCCGGUGAUUCGCAAGCAAAUUCCACUGGCGCCACGUUGUGUUUUAACACAUUAUGGCUUGCAGGGCAUUACCGCGAGAAACGGGUUGGUGGCCUUCCUGACCAAACCUGCGUGGAUGAAGGAUGCCGACUAUGCGUUGGCGAUCUAUGUCAUGCUGUCGAGACCACGAAAGCUCGACGAUUUGUGGAUCAUUGAUUUACCACCGCGUCACAUGUUUCAACAUUUUCUCCAUGAUCACAAUCCUCUUUUGGUGCAAAGGAUGAAAGAGUUCGAGCAGCAGGCCAACCUCGACGAGAUGAAAGCAUUGUCCUACGUGGGCAAAUUGCAAUGGCAUCAAAAGGAAGCUAUUGCUCGACAACUCUCCACUGAGGAUUUGAUGAGCAUCGCAGGUUCCAAUAGUAGGAUGAACGUGUGA